AUGGUACCACAGCAAUGCGCUUUGUCGGGCUCCACUGUAACCAUGUUUCAUCGUCAAGUGUCCUAUACACACGAAGUGUGCCAAACGUCCGAUGCGUAUCCCUUUAGCGCGGCUACUUAUACCCCAUGUAUAACAGAUCAGAAAGAGGACCCGGAGGUCGCCUCACACAUAGACUAUAUCAAAUCGUUUGUAACACACAGUGAUACGGCUCACGAGAAGGAACUAGACAUGUUACAUUUAACUCAUUCCUCUGAAACCACGGAACUGUAUGAAGGGCAUCGAUUGCACUCCACCUGUGAUACACCCCCGGCACCUGUGGACACACCGUUGUCCCCGUACGUGGAGACACAAUUACCGAGACCAAUAAUCACUUCGCAAGAGUAUGCGUCUCUUUGCUCGUUUUCCGAUGACCAGUCAGUCCGGUUGCGAAGAACCUCUCAAAGUGAUAGCUAUGAAUUGGAAGCGAUUCCUGAUCCAGCUGCUCCCAUUUCCCGAUCUGUUUCGUUCUGCUUGGGGAGUGAUCAACUACGCAUGGAGAAACCCAAUCAGCCUUUGAAAAUGUUAGAAAUCAAACUGUCACCGUCACACGAACCCCAUUUUGAGGCCCCAUUGCCUUCGACCUCUUUCACGCAACCCCUUACCCGAACACGAUGUCCAUCAUACUACCCAGAUCCAUCCGAUCGUGCUGUUCAAAUGAAUCCUGUGGUCUUCUAUGAAAAAUCCGAGCCUCCUCAACCCAAGUCUGUGAUGCAAUAUAGUGAGAUAAAGCCGACAAUUGCACCAUUCUCUCCUACUCCGACAACUACCAGAUCACAUGACCUGUUUGCUAGUAGCUCUUUUAUGUAUUCCACCAGUUUUUGUCCUCAUCCACGACCGUCCGGUUCCCACGUUUAUCCAGCAGCAUUCGACUGUCCCGAAUGUGCUCGACUUGCCUACGUCACUACUGGUCAACCCAGUUUAACGACGGCUGUGCCGUCGCAGGUGGUCACAGUGACUCAGCACAAGAAGCGGCAUAUGUGUCCGGAAUGUGGCAAACGUUUCACUCGUCCCGAUGAGCUGAAACGACAUCAUCGCAUUCACACUGGUGAUAAACCUUUCUCGUGUAAAUAUUGUCCUCGUUCUUUCAGCCGCUCAGAUCACCUUCGGACACACACACGUUCGCAUACCGGCGAAAGGCCAUAUUUAUGCACCCCUUGUGGAAAACGUUUUGCACGUUCAGAUGAACGAACAAGACAUAGAAAAAUACGCGGUUGUGGAGCUCUGGAAGCUGCUGUCGUGGCUGCUGCUGCAGCUGCUACUGGGCCAACAGGAUUUGGUCACUCAUCCGGCUCGGGUACCAUAGCUACACCCGUGAGACGUCUCAGUGCUCCUACCCCAAUUGUACCUGAUUCUGCAAUCGGUUCGUCCUCUCAUAUUCCUAUCAGAAUGCGCCCAAUGAGCCAACCUGAACUGCGAACUCCUUAUACUGUGAGCACAGUGGUAUCGCCAGUUCGACAAACAAUUCAACCCACCUGGACCCUACCGCCCUCACUCUACCCGCCUCACUACUACGGUCAUUCAACUCCCGCACCAUCGUCUACAUCUUCCCCGAUGGUGACACAAGCUCCGAGCAUGGCACUGCCUCCGACUACUAUUGUGACUCAGGACCUAGCGUCGUACACCGUGCCUCCUCAGGAAACAAUUUCCAUCAAGCAAGAACCGGAUCCGAACUACCCACCAGUGCAUUUACGAAGACCGAAGACGUGUGAUUCCAAUUAG